AUGAGCCAGCAAUCUCUUCAUUUGAGUACAUCUCCUGUUAGUCCUCUCAGGCAUCCAAGGGGAUUCCCCGCCAGUGUCCGACAUACCAGUGCAACAACGACGAAACCUCGCAGUUCUAUGAGCCAACCUACCACACCUUCUCGACCAAAGAGUGCGCAACAGCAAUCAUCACUGUCAUCACCACCACGAACAAAUGGAUUAGAAGACGAAUGUGUGAGAAACCUCCAGCAACAGGUGUAUUUGCUGGAGCUCGAGACACGAUAUUUACGAGGUGGAAGGCCAGGUGGUGCACCUUCGAACGAGAGCGAGCCCCAGGAUAAUGUACAGACUUUAAAGUCGAAAUUCACAGAGCUUCAAACUGUGCAUAAGCAGGAAGUCAAGAAACUGCAAGACGUCAUAGAGGAGUUACGACGAAGGGGACCCGAUGAAUUUGGUGAUGUGCAUGAGCUUCGACUUGAACUACAGACGUUGAAAGACAAUCAAGUUAUUGAGAAGGACAAGCUGUCUGGGGAGAUAAUACAGCUACGACGUCAGCUAGAUUCAGCAGAUGCUGACAAGAUGCGCCUCGAAGCAUCUCUGAAACGAGUAUCCGACGAUUUCCAUGUACAAAGGACACGUGGCCUCGAACUUACAGACACUGCAAACCAUUUACGAGAACAAGUCAAUGAGCAGUUAGCUCUCAACACCAAGCACGUCAAGAAAAUCGAAGAGUUGACGAGACAAAACAGAGAACUUGAGAUGAAGAUUGAAGAAAGUGAAGGAGGUCUUCUAUCCGUCGAAUACGAAUCUCUCAAGCAACGACUCGCGGAAGUGCACCAAGACAAUCUCUCGCUGCAGCAAGAUAUCAAGCAGAUGCAAGUUGUGAGAGCUCAAGAGGAGCAUAUGCGAAACCGUGUACAGGAAGAUUGUGCUGAGCUCGUCAAGGAGAAUGUGAUGCUACGAAAAGAACUGGAUAAUGAGCAGAGGAAGCUGAAAAAGGAGUUGGAGAAUCGGGACCAGAAGAUUAAGAGACGGCAGGAUAAUAUUCGGGAGGCUGAUCAGGCCAGAGAAGAGUUGGAACGACUGAGGGAUGAGAAGGCUACCAAUAUCAUUAGAGCUGAAGCUCAAGAGAGACGAUUACAGGAAAUUUCAAAGGAGGCUCGUGAGAAGGAUUGUGCUUUGAGUAAAGCUUUGGAAGCCCGAGCUCUACACGAAGAGAGACUACUCGAAGCCGAACGAAGGCUUCAAAAAACGGAAACAGAGCUCAUCCAACUCGCACAAGAUAAACGGGCCCUGUUUGACGAUCUAGCUCUGGCCAAGAAUCAGGUCGAUGUUCAGAGUCACAAGCAGCAAAAGGCUCAACACGAGAAACGAGAACUACAACGGGAACUUGAUAUGUAUAGACGUGAACAUUCUGCACGGUUGAAAUUAGCAGAGACUGUGCAGGGAUUGCAAGGGGCUGAAGAGCAGUAUUUGAGUUUGGUUCGAGAGGUGUCUAGGAUUUCCCCCUCAUCAACAAUAUAG